GAAAAGUCGGAGCUGGGACCGCCGUGGCAGGUUGUUAUUUUCGGGCGCCCGGUGCCGCACGUCCUGUUUUCCAGUCACCGCCCGGACCAGGCCGUCCGCUGCUUCCCGCCACUGCAACCUGCCUAAGGGAGUACAAAGAGCGGAGGGAGGGCUUGACCCAGGGUUGGGGUUCAACCCUGCCCGCUGGGAGCCGGCAGUGCCGCGUCCCUCAGCUUCUUUGGUAUUCUGCUGCGCAAGAUUCCGGGAAACGUCCGCCUGCCAUGAGCCGGCUGGCCUGAGUUGGAGAUCUAGGGCAGCGCGGGCCGGCGAGCUUGGGGUAAACCGGGACUCAAGGAGUGCAGCCCGAGGCUGCCGGAACUGCGGAUCAGGACCGGGUGAUGAUACGGGGCGUGGAGGCGCCGAUGGGGGACAACCCGCCACCGCCGGUCAUCUUCUGCCACGACUCUCCAAAGCGGGUGCUGGUGUCUGUCAUCAGGACGACCCCGAUGAAGCCAGCGUGCGGCGGCGGAGGGGAGCCGGAGCCACCGCCGCCGCUCAUUCCCACCAGCCCCGGCUUCAGUGACUUUAUGGUGUACCCGUGGCGCUGGGGCGAGAACGCGCACAACGUGACGCUCAGCCCCGGGGCCGCCGGGGGCGCCGCCUCGGCCUCCCUGCCGGUUGUAGCGGAGCACCCGGGGUUGCGGGGCCGGGCCGCGCCCCCGCCCGCUGCCUCGGUCGCCGCCGCCUCGGGAGGUGAGGACGAGGAAGAAGCGAGCAGCCCGGACAGCGGCCACUUGAAGGAUGGAAUCCGGCGUGGUAGACCCAGAGCAGAUACAGUUCGGGAUUUAAUAAAUGAAGGAGAACAUUCAUCUAGCAGGAUCCGUUGUAACAUCUGUAAUAGGGUAUUUCCAAGGGAGAAAUCACUCCAGGCUCACAAAAGGACUCAUACAGGUGAGAGACCCUAUCUGUGUGACUAUCCAGACUGUGGAAAAGCCUUUGUUCAAAGUGGACAGCUCAAAACUCAUCAGCGUCUUCAUACUGGAGAGAAGCCUUUUGUUUGUUCAGAAAAUGGUUGCCUGAGUAGAUUCACCCAUGCAAAUCGCCACUGUCCAAAGCACCCUUAUGCAAGGCUGAAGAGAGAGGAGCCCACGGACACACUGAGCAAACACCAGGCGGUGGACAACAAGGCUGCUGCUGAGUGGCUGGCAAAAUACUGGGAAAUGAAAGAGCAGCGUGCCCCCACCUUAAAAGCCAAGCUGGUUCAGAAGGCGGAUCAGGAGCAGCAGGACCCUCUGGAAUACCUUCAGUCUGAUGAGGAAGAAGAUGAGAAGAGUGGUGCCCAGCGCCGGCUACAAGAGCAGCGGGAACGCCUGCAUGGGGCCCUGGCGCUCAUCGAGCUUGCCAAUCUGACUGGGGCGCCACUUCGCCAGUAGGCUGCACACAGACUGCACUGUACAAAAGUACUGCCCAGAGUACUUACAAAGUAGAUCCUUGGGCAUAAGCUAAGCACCUUAUUUGCUUGUCAUAGGCUGCUAUUCUGUAGAAAUUUAUGAAGAAUGUCAUUGCUCCAGAAUAUGGGGUGAGAGAGAAUUGCACUUUUUUUCUAUGGAAAUGGAUUUGAUGUAAAGUUUAAAAUAUUUUGUAAAUAUGGACUGCACAGUACAGGGUAGAAAACUACAUAUUGUGGGAAGCUAGAUUUUGCAAGUUUAAUGCAUUCAUUGGAAGCAGUUCUCACAGGAGGCACUUUCUGAAUAAGACAUUUGUGUGAAAAAAAAAAAAAAGAAUGGUACAAAUAGCCAAAGAAGGUUGAAAUAGAUUAUUUGAAAGAUCUUUUUUAACAAUGU